AUGGGCUGGUUCUGGGGAGGGAGGAACAGUCAAAAUGAUCCCGCAAAGUCCCUCGACGAUGACUUAAAGCAAUUUUUGAAGGACCAGCAACCCAGGCCAUAUGUCCCAGCGGAACUCCCGAAGCCUUCAGAGCAACAGUCGCUGAAAACCCCGGAACAGGCGAUUCCAGAUACGAACAAAUCCUUCGAAGAUAGAGACCUACCGAAAGAGUCGCUCUUUCAAGAUGGGCGAUACAAGCAUAUUUGGAAGACAUAUGUCCCUCAGGACGAGAUUAUGACGGCCACGACAACUCCGGUUGAGAGAGUGCUGUCGGCGAAGAAAGAUCGAAGACAGACAAUUCAUAAGGCGGCAUUGGAGAACUGCGCAUUCGAAGAGGAGCUGCAACAGGCUUGUUUCAAGUCAGGCGAUUGGGCCCAAAAGAUCAGGGGAAGAAUGACCAUGUGCCAUGAGGAGACCAAAGCUUUCAAUCGGUGCUAUACUCUUCAAGCCAAGUUUCUCCAGGCUCUCGGAUAUAUGACCAGCGCAACGAGUUCCAACGAAGACGAAGAGAAAAUUCAGAUGCAUGCCGACAAAUUGUACCACCGAAUGAUGGACUACGAAGCUGCAGUGGAGGAGGCGAAGCGGAACAAUCAACCCAUUCCUCCGCUUUCUUCUCUAUUCAAUCCCAAGAGGCCCGCCCCGACCCUCGAGCAGAUGGCACUACCAAAAGCGAUGGAAGAAAAGAUGAAGAAGCCUCUUCAUGAGUAUCCUCCCCAUGAGCGCGAGUUAGUCGCAAAGGCUGCACUUCAGGAGGCAAAAUUGUCGGACCUUCAUGCCGAGGAUCUGUUCACGUACACCGUCACCAUGAACGAGGACCGAAAGAAUCGACAAGCCUGGCUGACAAAGACUUUUGGUGAAGCUAUCGGUAAAUUUUUGAUCCCCGAUCCUCCCAAGGAUCCAUCCGUCAAGCCGUACAGUAUUAAGCAGCUUGAACGAGAUAUAUGGCGAGAGGACGAACCCGAAACACAGUCGCAGAAGCCGAAUCAAGGAACAUCAGGACCAAAAAAAAAAAAAAAAACAGGGAUAGAAAAGGAGUCUCGUGACCAUUCCUGA